AUAUGAUAAAUGGCAGUGACAAAUGGUAAACAGUAGACUGAAAAUGGUUGACGAAUCAAACGAAGUAAAUGUUCCAAAGAAAUCGAAGAAAAAACAAAAGUCGUUCUUUGUUCCUAACAGAGAAGCAUAUGAUAGAAUAAAUUUCUUAUACCAGGCAGCACACUUGACACUUUCACAAAACCCGGAAAAUGUAGAAUUGUCAAGAUUCUACAUAUCAACAGCAAAAAAAAUAACGGAAAAACUUGUACUAAAAAUUGAUCCCAAAAUCAAAAGGACAAUAUGCAAGUGCUGUCAUGCUCUUCUUAUUCCUGGAAUCACAUCAACACACCGUUUGCAAGGUAAAAGAGAGAAACAUAUGGUUGUGUCUUGUUUGACAUGUAAGACAGUAAAGCGUUGGAGGACUAGUAAAUGUAAUGUUAGUAAGGAUGAAGCUUUGGAAUUGGAUGAAAAAUAAUAUUAGUUUUUUUUCUAUGAGUAAUAUUAUUAAUUGUUUGUAUCCAAAAAAUAGUCUCAAUAAAGACUCUUUUAGCCCAUGUUAUCACUGCAUAUAUUUUUGUCAGACUUUUGAUAUGGCUUGCAGUUUUACCCGUGAAUAAAUCAUUGACUAUUCACUGAAGAUCUUCAAGAUAAUAAAGAAUAAGAUGAUGGCAAUAGCCCUAUAUCUUCAUUAAACAAUAGACCUCUGGACAUAGUUGUAGCCUCGUAGCGGAGUGGAUGCUAAUCGUGAUGGAUCUUGCCCUUAUAUCGUCGUUUAAUUAAGGUAAAGCUGCACAAAUUGAGCCUGUAAUACCAUAAAUUUUGCUGUUUUGGGAGGGCCGCAGCCCCAUCUCUCCUAUGCCUAUUUCUGUGGGAAAAAGUUCGUCUUAUGCUUCUAGCGUCGUGUGUCACUUUUUCUACGAUAUUCCAUCGACAAAAUCAACAUCAGCAUCUAUCUCUUCUCAUCUGUAAUGCAUUGGCGUGAUCUUAAUAUUAACCCAAGCGUAUACUAAUUGUUAUUGUUUUCCGCUAAUAGCUUAUGCUUAUAACCACUUGCUAAAGGUCUCUAAUAGCUUUUGAUUAACAGAGUUCGCUGAAACACGUUGUCUGUCUUUUGCUUCAAACUCUCUCUCUGUUGAACCCAAAUUCGCAACACAUCAAACCUACGU